CAACCACAAUGGCAAAGCUCCCGCCAGUCUACGAGUACACAGAGUCAACGGCGCUCCUGCAAAGCCUCCAUCCUUUCCUGCCCUACUCGCUCCCACUCUACCGCCGCCUGCAAUUCGGGCGGCGCAGCUCCCACGCGCACAUCCUAUCAACACUACCGCCCGAAGAGCCGCGACCAGCAGCAGCAGCAACAGAAAAUGCAGAAGCCCUCUGCCUCGGCGUCGCCUUCGUCGACCGCUCCUGCCGCCCAGAGACAGAAGCCUGGUUCUUCCUCAGCCACGACGCGCCAGGGCACAUCUCGCAGCGGCCCGCCGACUGCACCUGCACGACGCACCUGUUCGCGCUACUUGGGCACAUCGGCGGCCUCGCCUUCCCUGCUCUCUCGGCCGAGGCUGAGGCCGAUGCUCUCGCGGCCGUGAACGCGGCGGUGCCAGACAAGGCCGCCGCGCACCAUGUGCACACGUCUGCGCCGGCCGCCGCCUACCUGACGUACAUGAACGAACAGGCCUUCCUCAAAGCAGGCACGCUCCACAGCCGCAACGUCAGUGAACUGAGAGCCCGCGACUGCCUGAGGACAGACAUGCCGGGCGUCGAUUUCCCUUACGUGAAAUACAUCUUCUCCCGCGACUGUUCCACCGUGACAGACGUGUCCGGCACUGCAAACGUCGGCUCGUUGCCUGACAGCCUGCGCUGGGGAGCGUUACGAGAGGAGGACUUCGCCCUCGUGCGCAGCAGAACUGCCAUUCCUAGGACGAACCGUACGCUCCGGUCUCUCCCAUCAGCGGCCAUAUUUCCCGUCGAGCCAGCAACCGCGCCCAUUGCGUGGGCAUUCUUGGGCGUAGACGGCAGCCUGGUGUCGCUGCACGUGGAACCUGGGUACCGAGGCUGUGGGUUGGCUAAAACAGUGGCCAGAAAGCUGCUACGACAAGGAAAUAUGGCUUUUGGGGACGCACCGGUAGUAGAUUUCCAUGCAGACGUUGCCUUGGAAAACAAGGAAAGCCAUAGUGUAUGUAGGAGCUUAGGGGGAAAGCAACAUUGGGAAGUGUAUUGGGUGAGAAUUGACCUCACCAGGAUUCGCGAGAAGACAGAGAAGGGUGAGUACUAG